CUCGGACUUUGAUACCAUCCAUGGCUUCGUGCCGGAUUGUGUUUGCCAUCACCACGUAAUUCCUUUCGUCUUUUCUAUGGUUCUCAACGGUUUCGAGCUCCCAAAGAUGAUAAGUAUCUGUCUAGCAACGACAGGUCUCUUCCGUAUCCCAUUUAACUACUACUGAACCCCAUCCGAACCAACCCCCCUUGCUGCCCGGGUGAAAAUGUCGACGUGAACGACUAGCAGAUUCCGUUGCGCAUCUCCGGCAGGUUUUUAUUUUUCUUUCUUCACCUCCAGAAUCCCUCCCGAGACGCAGAUGAUGGGCUCCAGUCACAAUGAGCGGGGACAGGACCGGCACCAUCGUUGCCUGCGUCGUCGUGAUGAAUUGCCUGUCGGCAGUCGUCGUUAGCCUGCGCUUCUACGUCCGGGCUAAACUGCUCCGGUCCGUCAAGAGCGAGGAUUGGUGCAUGUUGGUGUCCAUGCUUUUCUGCGUGGCCUUUGGCAUUUUUAUGAUUAUGGAGAGCCAGAGCGGCCUCGGCCGCCAUAUGGUCGACGUAUCGGAAGAGGAGUUUUCAGAGUACUUCAGGUGGUCCUGGAUCGCGACGCUAUGGUACAAUCUCAGCCUCUGCUUCACCAAGAUCUCCAUCCUCCUUCUCUACCUGCGUGUUCUGACGCACGACUACAUCCGCAAGACGACGUGGGCGGCCAUGGCCAUCGUGGCCAUCUACAACGCCUGGGCCAUCGGCAUGUACCUGACCAUGUGCGUUCCAAUCGCCAAGGUAUGGAACGCCAAGCUUGAGGGCUACUGCCACCCCACCUCGGUGUGGUGGGCUCUGACAUACCUGCACAUCAUCACGGAUUUCCUCAUCUUCAUCAUCCCGAUCCCCGUUGUGGUGACAAUGACGGUGCCUCUCCGCCGGAAGAUUGGUCUUUUGAUCGUCUUUACCUUUGGUUUGUUCGUCUGUCUCAUCUCCGUCAUCCGAACCAUCAUGCUCAGCAAGCUACUCUGGUCACCGGACCACACCUGGGAUUUGGUUGCCAUCGCGAACUGGUCGACAGUCGAAACCAACGCGGCCAUUGUGUGCGGAUGCAUGCCAACGCUAAGACCGGUUUUGGCCAAAGUCUUCGGACCACUGGCGGAUCGCCUCUUCCCACACCAACACCAGUCGCUGGAGGAUCCCGAGUCUGCCCGGCCGAGAACGAUUGGAUCCUUGUCGUGGAACGCAUUCCGGUUUGGCAGGCGAUCCAGCGCCAACGGGGCCGCUCCUCCUGCGGAGCCUGACCUUUCUUGGACCGAUGGGACGACCCUCGUCUUGACUAGGGUGGAAAGCAAUAAAAAUAGCAAGCCCCAGACCACAAACACAGACUCGGAUGCUGAACUAACUAUCAGCGGCACCGACCACGCGGUGGGCCCGAUAAACGAAGGAUUAAGACGGCCGCCCAAGGUGUAUGCCAGGGGGGGAAGCAGUUAACCCGCGAGUCGGGCAUUUAUUACAAUGCAAUGACAGCAUCCAUCCCUUCUCAUUGGAUUAGUCGUUUUUGUUCUCACAUUCCCCCCGAGGGGGCCAGCGAACGCAAAUCCGCAUUGCAACUUUGACAGGGCACAGAGUCACAGCAGACUUGACGAAUCACCGAUAGCGAGGUCAAGGGGGGCCCGGCACCCUCCCUGGCCAGCCCCUCGGCUUUGGCAUCCGAGUGCCGACCGGGUUAGCGCCGCAACCGAAUAUCCUC